AGGUCCCACUUCCCGCUUGCCACGAGGGCAGGAAGGUCCGGCCUGACAGCUCCGCGGCCUGGAGCGGGGACGCCGGGCGGGGCCCCCGCUUUCUCCGCGCCGAGCGUGCGGAGCCGCGUAGCACGUGGCGCGCAGGGGCCGGAGCGCUGGGGGACCCCGGGGGACCAGGACCCGAGCGGAGCGUGGGCGGCCUGGCUCCCGGGCCUAGAAGCGGCUGUCUGCACGCCAACCUCCACAAGGGGCAGGAGAGUGGGCCUAGAACAGUGCCUGGCUAGCAUGAAGAGGUCCUCAGUAAAUAUUUGUAGAAAGGAUGAUUGAAAGAAGCCCUUUGCUUCCAUAUGGAGGAGCCUGUGGACAAGGCAGGCCAGACCCUGGGCUAGGGCCAGCCACCUCAUAGGGACUGUCCAGGCCCCCUCUGCUCCGACCCUUCUGCUGGCCAGUCUGGGCAUCUGAGUCUAAGGACGCCUGUGGGGAACCAGGGCCUCAUACUGCCUCUGCCCCCAGCAAGCGCCAGAGGGAGGGAGCUAUCAACCAGACAAAACCAAGAACACCGUCACCAUGACAACCAGUCACCAGCCUCAGGACAGAUACAAAGCUGUCUGGCUUAUCUUCUUCAUGCUGGGUCUGGGUACGCUGCUCCCCUGGAAUUUUUUCAUGACAGCUACUCAGUAUUUCACAAACCGCCUGGACAUGUCCCAGAAUAUGUCCUUGGUCACUGCUGAAGUGAGUAAAGACAUCCAGGCCUCAGCUGCCCCCGCAGUCCCCUUGCCAGAGCGGAAUUCUCUCAGUGCCAUCUUCAACAAUGUCAUGACCUUAUGUGCCAUGCUGCCCCUGCUCUUCUUCACCUGCCUCAACUCCUUCCUGCAUCAGAGGAUUCCCCAGUCUGUACGGAUCCUGGGCAGCCUCAUGGUCAUCCUGCUGGUAUUCCUGAUGACUGCCAUCUUAGUGAAGGUGCAGCUGGAUGCUCUGCCCUUCUUCAUCAUCACCAUGCUCAAGAUCACACUCAUUAAUUCAUUCGGUGCCAUCCUGCAGGGCAGCCUGUUUGGUCUGGCUGGCCUCCUGCCCGCCAGCUACACGGCCCCCAUCAUGAGUGGCCAGGGCCUGGCAGGCUUCUUCGCCUCGGUGGCCAUGAUCUGCGCCAUUGCCAGUGGCUCGGAGCUGUCAGAAAGUGCCUUUGGCUACUUCAUCACAGCCUGCACUGUUAUCAUUUUGACCAUCAUCUGUUACUUGGGCCUGCCUCGGCUGGAAUUCUACCGCUACUACCAGCAGCUCAAGCUCGAAGGGCCUGGGGAGCAGGAGACCAAGUUGGACCUCAUCAGUAAAGAUCCUUCUACAACCUCUCGCUCCCCAGAAGAGCAUCCAAGAGCAGGCAAUGAGGAGUCCAGAGUUUCAGCCCCCAACUCUCAGCCCACCAACAAAAGCCACUCCAUCAAAACCAUCCUCAAAAAUAUCUCAGUCCUGGCUUUGUCUGUCUGCUUCAUCUUCACGAUCACCAUUGGGCUAUUUCCUGCUGUGACCGUUGAAGUCAAGUCGAGCAUUGCGGGCACUAGCGCCUGGGAACACUACUUCAUUCCUGUGUCCUGUUUCUUGAAUUUCAAUGUCUUUGACUUGCUAGGCCGGAGCCUCACAGCUGUGUUCAUGUGGGAAAGUAAAGCCAGUCGAGGCGGAGACAGCGGGAGCCAUCAUGGCCUUCUUUCUGUGUCUGGGCCUAGCACUAGGGGCUGUCUUCUCCUUCCUGUUCCGGGCAAUUGUGUGACCAUGGAUGGACAGAAGGACUGCACUUUUGCCCACUUGCUUCCUGCCCCUUCCUUCUCUUACCAGGGAUGGGCAGGGUUGGUCUGGAGGUGUUCUCUUCCAACCGACUUCUGCUUUCUCACAGUCUGUGCUGGGCCCGGCUGUCCAGGCCCUGGGGAGGGAGCCUCUGUGGAUGGGCAUUGGGGACAUUGUGGGCUUGAAGGUCAGGGUUGAGGGAAGGGGCUCAGUGUCUGCAUCUGCUUGAAUCCCUCCACACUUGGCUCUGACUGAUCCCUGCUUGAGCAGAGCAACAGAAGCUCCUGGGCUCUGUGUAUGUGUGUGUGUGUGUGUGUCUGCCUGUACCAGGAGUGGGUAAGGGCCAGUACUGAUCGUUGUAUGGUCUGAUCGUUGUAUGGUCUGAUCUGAUAUUUCCCCUCCCUCCUUCUCCCCGUGUGCUCUCCCCCCCCAGCUCCCCACAUCUAGUUCCUACCCUACAAGGUGCAUGAUGCACCUUGUACAGUUGCCACUUUACUGCUUUUUUUUAAAAUACUUGGCAGAAACCAGGUGCCUUCAGAGCCUCUCUGGUUAAAUUUUUUUUUUUCUUUUCCUCUGUGGCUUCCUUUGUCUUCUAGCCAUGGCUGCAUGCUCUGGAGAGGGUAGAGGGCUGACAGCCCGAAUGAGAGCAUGAGCCAGCUGGGCCUGGGUCCAAGGUGGAGGGGAGGUUAGUCCUCUUGGACUCAGAGGAGCUGCAGUACCCCCUGCUGGGGCAGCAGGGGAGGGACAGGCCUGGAACCAGGACACAUGGACUGUUGGCCUAGACCAAGAAAGGGCAAGUUUUUCUCUGCUGCUUCAUUCUUUCCUUUGUCUUCAUUGCCACUCCCUGCACUCUGUCCUCAGCUGAGGAAUGAGCUCUGCAAAACUGGGCAGCUCCCCACCAGCUCCUGGCCACACUCCCACACCACCAGGCAGGAAGAGGCUAAGACCUGAGGCCCAAGGGUUCUCCCCUACCUGGCACCCUGCCCUGACACCAAGCUCAGCCUGCCAGACUUCCUGAGCGACAAGAAGCCUGUGUAUCCUCACACUGAAGAUGGACCCUCCCCUUUUCAACCUAAACCCUGGCCUGCGGGGGAUGGUUUGGUAGGGGACUAUGAGAGGGUCUCAGUGGAGGGGCCCUACCAUUGGGACCCCCUUAAAUGACUUCCUGACUGGAAGUGGAAGCAGAGUCCUGACCAUGGUGACCAACCCCCAAUGGACCCCAGGCAUGGGCUCCUGUCUUGGACUCUUCCCAGAAAGGCAGAAAGUAUCUCACACAGCUUGGGCUGCUCACUGAUCUCUGAGUAGCAGAUUGCUUCAGAGUUGGCACCUCUGUCAGGGCUUCCUCUCUCACCUGAGGUUAAUCUAAUUGAAGGCUUCAGGCCUCAUUAAGGGUUGUAAGACCAUGUUUAAGGCUCUGCUGAGCUCUGAAGCCCUAAUGGGGUAGUUAUGUAUACCAUUAUAUUGGAGUGAAGUCCAUGUACUAAUUUGUUAAACUAGGGUACAUAUCUGAGGUGGUGGAAAACGAGGUAUUCCUUUCCUAUCAGGUUCAAAGCUGAGGGGUUUACUGGGUAUUCCUCCAGUUUUUGCAGUGCCUUUGGCAGAGAGUUAAGUUGAAUAUACCUGAGCUCUUUCUGCUGUUCUCACCCUGGGUCCUUCCUGACUUUUCUAUUAUAUCCAAACCCAGAGAACCCUAUUGGCUUCCUUCCUCAGCACCAGCAUCCCUUCAGGCACCCUGUAUUUCUUCCUGAAGUCCUUUCACUCCUGCCUGGCCUUUUGGGACUUCCUCCCAGGUCUCUUCCAGUCCCUCCCACACAUGGCCACAAAAAAAUCUGAAAACAAAUUUAGGGGAAUGCUGGUCUCUCUCUGGAGCAUACUCCUUUCUCCCCAGGCAUUUCUAAGUCCUCCACCAGCAACAGGCAGUUAAUGCGGUUUCUUCCUCCUCUGCACCCCAGAGCUUGUGUAGCUUUGUGAUUUGUCUUGUCAAGCGCCUAUCUUUUCUCCAGCUGCCAGACUUGUUUUGAAGUUAUGGUCUACUUACAUUUUAUUCAUGUUUUGCCUUUUCAAACUAUAAGUGCUAUACCUGGCUUCUAGAGGUACUCAGAAUAAGUUCAGAGCAUCUGCUUGUCCCAAGGUGGAACUUGUCUGUGCACGCCCGACUCCAGCUGUGUGGUAGCACUCACUGCCUGCGCCCGUGGGGUGGAGAUGUGAUGUUAAGUAGGUUCCUCUCAACCCCAAAAGUGAUUUGAAGGAGGAAAAAAACAUUUAGGAUACAGUCACUUUCUUCCUUUCUGUACUUAAAUUGUUGAAGGAAAUUACUGGAGUGUUUUUUUCCCAAAAUAAGUUUUCUAAUGCAGAUGUCAAAACCCGGCAAUUUCCUUACUUCAUGCCUGUUCUCCUGUCCUCAGUAUUUUCACAUGUAAACUUAGGGGUGGGGAUGGGGGAGGAGGUGUUAGGAAAAGCAGCUCCCAGGUCUCCUGCCUGCUCAACUGCAGUAAUGGGUCCCGACCACAAGCGGGCGCUCUGCAGGCAAUACCACUCUUGGAGGAAGGGCCUCCUCUACUGCUGCUCGCCACUUCCUCCUAGCACUUUGCUUCCUAUAAGGUAGGGAGAGCUCAGCAUGGGAAUCUGCCAGGUAUCCCUGACUGCCAUGAUUUGCUGCUGGUUAUCACCUUCCUUCCAUGUGACAAUUCUGAAAACUUGUGUAUUCAGCCCCUGUCCUCCAUGGGGUGGCUGCCACUGCAACACAAAUGCCCCUCAUGUUUAAUCUUUUAAAAUGUUGGGGCUUUAAACAUUAUUGAAAAGCUAAGUGCCCCAGUAAAAUCAACAGCAUCCUCAAAAAUAGAAAUGUCUCAGGUAUAAUCUAUGAAUUGGAAUAUAGCUAUUUCCUUUUCCAUAGGAAAGAGUAUGGUGAAGGCAGUAUGGGCGGGUGACAGGAGAACCCCAGUUCUUGAAAAAACGAAAACCAAAUGGUUCUCAGUAAAACUAUGAUAGUAAUUCAAAAUGGAUGUGAGUAGAGAAAGGCAGAAUCAUUUUAAAGGGAUAGCUCUGUUGCCUGGCCAGCAAGUGCUGCCUGAAACCUGAAUCUUCACCUGCACAGGGAGAGUGGCAGUCUGUGGGAGGUCAGCCAGCAGACCUGACACACAGACCAGGUUGGCAGUGUCCACCCAGGGCCUUGGGGCCCAUCUGGUUCUUAGGGCAAGUUGGCACUGAGUAUAGAGAUGGGCAGUGCCCAAAUCCCUUCCCACCCCCCCACCCCCCAUAAAUGGCUCUAUGUCCUAGCUUGUGCCCUGCUUUGGCUGCCAUGUGUAUUGGGGUCUCCACUUUCUGUAAAAUAAAAGCUCCUCCAGCCAAUCUCA